GCCGGCCGCCCCCGCGGCCCCCGCGGCCCCGGACAUGGCCAUGCACCCCCCGGACCCCGACCCGGAGGUGGACAGCGCCCUGGACGGCGCCCUGGGCAACGGCCUCAGCCACGGCCUGCACCGGUGGAGGGUGUACACCCGCAGAGGAGAUGAGGCCCCGUCGGGCGAGAGCCGCGGCCACUACGUGCGCGCCCCCAUCUUCCAGCAGUCCGUCACGCUGACCGCCAAGAUGUGGCCCGAGGAGGGCGACGGGGCGGGCGGCAGCGCGGGCGGCUGGUCGGCCUGGCGGGUGUCCGGGGAGCACCUGCCCCUCGUGGUGGGCGGGGUGGCCGGGGGCGCCCUCAUCGUCAUGCUGGUCGUGGCCGCCGUCGUCUGGAGGCUGUGCGUCCUGCGCCGCGACAAGCAGUACCGUGUCCGUAUGGGAGAGUGUGCCCCGGAGCCGCGGCCCGUUCAGCCAGUAAUGCCGAGCGAGUCUGCGGUGUUCGCGUCGCCCGUGUCCGGCCGCUGGGCCUACCAGAGCCGCUUGCUGGGCUCCCCUCACGGGGGCAGCGGGGGCAGCGGGGGCGACUGCUCCCCCCGGGGCACGUCCACGCCCCCCGCGGGGCUGCGCUCCCCCGUGCCGGGAACGCCCCCGCCGCAGGCCUGGGUCUACGGGGACACCAUCGUCGCGGACCCCCUGCAGCGCGACGCCUUGCAGGCCAUGCACAGAGCGGCGUCGGCGUCGGCCUCGGCCUCGGCCUCGCCCAGCCCGGCGGUGCACCGCUCCAUCAGUCUGCAGCUCGCUCAGCAGAGCCCCGUGUCUCAGGGCGGGCGGCGCGGCUACCCACACGGCGCGGUGCACGGCGGGGCCCACGGCGCGGGUUACGGCCCGAGCCGGCACCCGGGGCGCCCCCUCAGUGUGGUGAGCUCCAUGGGCAGCUACUCGGCGGGCUGCAGCCCGGCCACGCCCCGCCACUCCGCCGUGCUGCCGCCGCCGCCACCGGAGUUCCUCCUGCCGGACAUUUGCGAGUUCAACCCCGGCGCCGGUGCCGCCUCUGUGGGCCCCGGCGCCGCCGCGUCGGCCCAGUACGCCUCCAGCAGCGUCCUGGAUGACGCUGGCUCGCUGGACGGCGACAGCCUCUCAGAAGCACUUCGCACUCGGUCGCUGCCUUCCAGUGUGAGGAACAAGCAGAGGCCCAUCGCGUCUGAGGAGGACCUGGACCAGUUGUACGCCAAGGUCAACUUCAGCAAAAAGCGGAAGAACCGAAUGCGGCACGACGAGGCCGCCAUCAUCGCCAUCAGCAAGUCCAGGAGCCAGUUCCUGGACAAGGUGGCCACCGACACGGAGACCCUCGUGGACAACGAGGCCGUCAUCGUGUACAACGAGCGCACCGCGCUGUAGGGCCCCAGGCCGCCCCGCCGCCCCAGGCGUGGUGCAGCCCCUUGUCUUUUGCGUCAGAUGUGGACAAUCAAGUGAUUCAUCGGAUGCUAAGUAAACGCGAAUAAUUUCCACACGGUUGAGUUGUGUGGUUGACUGAUGUAUGUAUUGAUUUAAUAAUAAAAUGUCGUGAUAUUUAUA